GACCCCGAGGCACACGCGCGCCCUACGCUCGCUACGCGCAGCAACGCCGGCCCCUUGCGGCCAGAAGCCCUCCUCGGCGCUUCUAACACCCUAGUACUCGACUCACCAUCUCACGGGGCAAAGCGCCACGGCCGGCGUUCGCAGACAGGGCUCGCCGCAUAAAAGAGAUGGAAAUCGUGCCCGAGGGGAAAAACUUUCGAUUGGUAACAGAAGACGAGCUCCCGGCAGUAGCCGACAUCUUGGUGCAGUAUAUGCCUGAAUCUCUCAAGUUUCACCAGACGAUUCAAACAUAUCUGAACAACAAAGUGUGGGACUUCCAUUUUUAUGUAGCUAAGAAUUGGCCGGAGGACCCUAUUUGUCUGCAUUUCCCUGGCUGUACGAGCACGCCAAACAGCCACCCCUACGAAAGCGUGACGGUGUUCGUUCCGUCCGAGCGCGCCGAGCUGGUGGAUCUCCUCACUUCGGAGGAUAUUCUGCUGGAUCUCACCAAGCCGUUGUACCUGAACUUCACCCACGAGGCCAUAGUGAAUCGCUUCGAACGGUUCUAUGAGGCCCACGACAAGAUCACUGGUGAUGUCUACGUCUGUGAUAAUCCCCCGGAGGACGCUGAUACUGAGGGGCUGCCACCGGACGUGGAGUUAGUUCGGCUGCAGCCCGAGCACAUGAAAGCGGUGCACGACUUGUACCCGGCCAGCGACAUAGAGUGCCGCGAGGUCUUCGAGAAACUGGUCGCUGAGCUGCCCGCCUACGGCAUCUUCGUCGAGGGCAACCUUGCAGCCUGGAUGGUGCAGUCCUACUACGGCGCCAUGUUUUCCAUGCAAACUCGCCCCGAAUUCCGCAGGAAAGGGUACGGCAUCUAUCUGGCCAGGCGGCUCACCAAAGAAGUCGCCGCUCGCGGGUACAAGCCCUUCGUCGUCAUCCGACCCGAAAACGACGCCUCCCGUUCUCUCUACUCCAAGCUUGGCUUCGAGAAGCGGUUCCGAACGGUGCGCGCCGUUUUGCGUCCACGCUAGCUCGUAAAAGUUGAUCACUAGCAGAUUUUAUUUUUUUAAGACUUUUGAAAAUCAAUCUAGCUUGCGAUCUUUGAUCGCUUAGAGAAUUUUAGUAGGUAGCUUUAAGAUUGUAGCGGCUAGCGCUCUCGGUCUGUGGCAAACUAAAUAUUUUGAUCGGACCGUGAUAUUCUAUAAUGUUCGAUUUUACAUACUUAAAAGAGCCUUAGCAAAUUUUAGUAAUUCUGCAGUUUUCUGAUCAAAAACAAUAACAACGAACAGUUUUAUCCCUAACUACAUUUAUGAUAGCUACGCGUCUUUCUCUCCGCUUCGUAGCAGAUUCGAGAGCCAUAGCCGUCCGCUGCGUUCUCUGGCGCUAGCCUAGUCACUGAUCUCAACGACACUAACUUGUCUGGAAUCACUGAGAACCAAGUUCGAAAAGGUUAUUUGUUCAACGAGUCUCAAGAAAAGUACAUACAUUUGUAGAUUGUACCUGCUGUAACCAAAACUAACAGCAACAUGGGUAGAGGCCACAAUAUGAAUUGAAAUAUACUUUAUUUUAUUCUGGAUUUCCUCAAAACUCCUUGGAUUCCAUCUCUACCCAUAUUCUAUGGCUUAUCUCGUUUCGACACGUAGAUAACAAAUAUGGUGCCAACUUGUAAUCGUGUAAACCCCUAUUUUUAACAGCUUUCAAGUAGAUUUCUCACGAUUUCCACACUUGAGGUUCUAUUGCUUCUCGACACAGUUAGCCAUCAUUUAGGCGAACGCUUUCCAUUCCCACUCGUUGAUCGAGGGAAACCAUUCUGUCUCAUGGUUUAUAAAAUUUUUGGGACCCGUUAUGAUCUGUGUGAUAAAACGAAAUUGGAAUUAAAGAAAAUGGAAAACAUGAGAAAGAAAUGUUCCCGUAACUGCACCCCAGUUUGCACAAUUCGAAAAAUCAAUUUUCAAGCACCAUAAUAUUAAUUAACCCGGACUAAAUGAGUGAAUUAAUCUCAUUGACUCGAUCUUUUACUUGCAGAUCUAACCUGCCCUGCAGUACUUACAAUACCUAUUUCAAUUAUUUAAUCUUUUAUUCAUUACGGUGUUUCUGAAUGAAAUGGGAUGAGCUGACUAUUUAUUAAUUUAUUAGCUACUUACUUAAAAUAUACGAAAUGAACAAAUCUGUUUACUGGAACCUAACUAAUACCAUCCCAUGCGAAUGUAAUUUUAAAUCGCAAAUAAAAGUUAGAUUCUUGUAAGUUAUAGCUUUUUCGGGAACCCUGUUUUUAUAUAACAAAAUACAUUGUUGGAAAAUGAAAAAAAUCAUUUAAAAUUUGAUACGAAAAGUAGAUAGGUAGGUAUUUUAAUACUCGAAUGUAUUUACAACUGCAUAAUAUGUUUAAUAAGAAUAUUGGACGUUUGCUAUACAUUUAUCCAAAGCUGCUUAGUUAUUUAAGUUAUUAUAUUAUGGUUAUUAUGGAGUGUGAUACUUUUAUAAUUUAUUCUGUACGUAAGUAGAUAGGUUUCGGUUUGCCCAAUUCGGAAUGUCUUCCUAAAGACUGGAGAAUAGGUAACAACAGCAGAACAUAAAGGUGUCGUAGGCUGUUUUAGUUGUUUUUUAAAAAACGAUCUCGUGACGUCACUAGAUUUAAAAUCUUAAAAUGAAAUGUUUAAUUAUAAUGAAUCGUGGAAAUGUAUUAUCUAUUGGCAUAAGAGUUUGUCGACCUUGCUCAAAAAAGAAGAGCUUCCACAUAUUGUUAUUGAAAUUAUUUAGUCGAAAUUAUGCCAAAUUGUUUUACAUACAUCGGUGACGUCGAAAGCUUAUCGAAAAUUAUUUAUAAAAAUAAAAGACGUAAUUAAUGUAUUUAUUUGAAACCCUUUACUUACUCCUAAAAUAAUAAUUAUUUUAAAAUCUACCUAAAUAUUAAUUUAUCAUCCUUGAACUUUCCAGACAAUCGGUUGCAGGUACAUUUUGACUUUUUUGACGAGAAAUGUUUAGAUGAAAUGCAAUUCAUAAAGAAUGGAAUAUUAUGGGUGUUAUUUGUAAAUUGCACCUCACUAUUAAAGUGUCGAUUCAGAACAAAAUAUGUAAUCAACUAAGUAUUUUAAAAAAUACCUGUAACCACUUGUCUAAACCACAUCAUACAGUCAUGCUAAAAGCUUUCCUACAAAGCAACAUCGCAGUAGUUCAAAGAUUUCUUCGAAAUUAUUAAUUAUAAGAACAAUUUGAAAAACUAAUCCUAUCUUAAAAAAGGACAUUACCUCCGUCCUGCAAACUGCAGUUGCCACCAUUAAGUGAAUGUUUUUAAAAUCCUGCAGAUUCAAAAAAUGUAGUGUCCAUUCAGCAUUGUUUAUCAGUU